AUGUGCACAUCUGCUUUGUGGCUUAUCUGUGUCAGCUUGCUGCUCAGUCCAUCUCUGAGCUGCUUUCAGUGCUUUGUUGAGUUAUCAGACAGUGCUCGUCUAUGUAGGGGUCACAUUUUAACCGAGCACAACAUCAGAAAUGUUGACGCCUGCUUCAGAAUGCUGGACCGCAUCUUCAACAACAAUGCAAGAGUAAUUGAAGCUGGAAGAGUCGGUAUGUAAAAAUUACAUAGAUGCCUUUUUUAUUUCUCAGUGAUGUUUUGUUGAAAUAUUUUUAAGCUUGCAAAGCCUUUCAGUGCGCUUAAACUGAAGAUCGUCUCAAAGCAUCAGUGGGCAAGAAGAUGUACAGAUCCACGUGAGAUGAGGAUGCUUUUUUAGUGUGUCAUGUCUUCCUCUCCAGGUAAAGGCUACGAUAAACAGCUAAAAGAAAUUCUGGAUUUAGAGAUCCUUCCCAUGGCAGAGGAGUUUGACAGAAAGGAGCAUAAAGGUACUCAAAUGCUCCCUCUAACAGACACAUUACAGCACAAUGAAUGAGUCUUUACGGCGUCCGAAUUGUUAAAUAAGGUCAGACGCAGAGUCGAGUUAGAAAUGAGAAAUUUCAAAAUGAUGCCCUAGAGCAUAUGGUUCACCAGGAUGUGUUGAGCCAAAUAUUUCUGUCUUCCCUCUCCUCCUCCUCCUCCCUCCCAUCCGUCAGACACAGUGUAUGAGGAAAGGUUGCAGACAGCAGCAGACAAUUUCAUCUCAGCUGCCUCCAAACUGCCCAGAGGUGAGACAUGGUCUCUUCCCCUUUUCCCUCAUCUUUUCAUCUACAGUCAGGCCUAUAUCAGGUCAUUAUGGCUCCCUCUGAUCUCUCCACUCUCUCUUUAAUAAGCUUGUUACGUUAUUACAGCCUUUCAAACACUGGAGAAUAAAGCCGCCUGUCAGGUCGCUCUGACUCAUACUUGUGGAUGUUAGCUUUAAAUUAUUGAUUGACAUUAAAUUUGGUGAGCUUCGUUAACUUUCCUACUUUGUUUCCACAGUCUCUGGGUGCUUCCCUCCGUGUGGUAAGUGUGAAUUCUUUUUCUUUGUCUCUCCAAUAACAUAACUUCUGUCCCAGAUGUUCAAAUUUAAUUCAUAGGGUUCAUGUUACAGGUUUUCAGAGUGAAGGUAGAGAGUACAACUGUGUUACCUGCAAGUAUGAUUUAUGCGAGUUCCCACUGGACUGUCCAGGUGAGCAUUUCUUGUCAGUCAUACAUAUUGGAUUACGGCUGAUGUUACAUCACAAUUUUCAAACAGGAAGAAAGAGGUGUGCUAAUCCAGACUUGACACAUCCUUACAUAACUAUAUUUGAUCCAUCAUGAGCAUCCAUUUGGGAUCCUUGAAAUGCUUUGCUUUUGAUCCUUUAAAUGCUCUUAGCAGAAAGUCAGGAUUUAAAAAAGAAAACCCAGGCAAGGUUUUAUUUCCGCACAUUAUAUCUUUUGCACAGGGCCCCUAAGGUACUCUUUAAGUCCUUGGCUUCUUUAUGCAAGGUGACAGUUGACUCCCACACACGACGGUAUUGGUAUCAACGCUGUACAGCACAGCCGCUGUUUAGCAUAUCAUCACUUUUACUCCACUCCUCAGAGACUGGGCUUAAGUAUUAUCAUUAAGGAGGGCUCAGACUGCAAGAGCAGCCCCCCUGUGAAUGUUAUCUGUGUGUGUGUGUGUGUGUGUGUGUGUGUGUGUGUGUGUGUGUGUGUGUGCGUGCGUGUGUGUGUGUGUGUGUGUGUGUGUGUGUGUGUGUGUGUGUGUGUGUGUGUGUGUGGGUGGAUAUAUGGUUGUUGUUUUUUUUUCCAGUUAAAGAUGUUAAAGUAUUGGAGUACAGAGAAAGCCAGGUGCGAUGUGAGGUGCCUUUUAGCUUACCAGAUGAUAUCGAGGUGAUCUGGAGGUUUGCAGAGGAGGUAGGUCAGGAGUAACAAGAACAAUAGAGGGUCACAGCUAAAGCUUUUAAGAAUAGGAAAGACUGAUAUAAUAGUUGAAUAUGAAGUUUGAACCUUAGCUUGGCCACAGCUUGGUAUAUGUGCUGAAAACAGGAGAGCGCAGCUUGACUGCUGUUUCAAAGUAAAACAAAAAAUCUCUCCCCUAUCAACAGGUGUUGUUUAUGAAGUGAUACCAUUUUUUGUCAGUUUACAUCUGUACAAAAAGCAGUUGUAGUCACAUCAACAUAAUCAGUUUGCAACAGCCUUUCUGAAGCCUCUGCCUUGACAUUAUGGUCAUCACCAUCCUUUUUUUUUAACAGCUAUUGACUGAGAAAGUGGAGUCACAGAGAAAUCAAUGGUUUAAAAAUGCUAAGCUAUCAAGACAACAUAUUUUAUGUCUGUGGUUGAUUAGUUAUUUCAUUAGACCGUUCACCUCCAUGUUUCCAACAGAAUGAGCUUACAUUUGUUAUUGUUUCUGUCACAUGGACUUUCUAUCGGCAAAAUAAACAUAUAAACCUUUCACAAACCAAACCAUGACUGGUUAAGCUGCCAUACUAGCAGGUGAAUUUUUUCAGUUUUUGACAAUGAUACCUCAGCUAGCUAAGAUUUAUACUAAACUUAGCUGACUGACUCCAACGAAUCACUUAGCUUUCAUCCCAGAAUGUUGAAGGACAAGAUAUUUUUCCUAAUUUCUUGUCAAAUCGACUCCCUGCAUGCAUGUUAACCUUUGUGAAUUUUGCCUGCAGUAUUUGUAAGAUUUCUUUUUUCUGAACAGGUGAAAACCCAGCUGGUGGAUCAGUUUAAAGAGAUGACUGCUGGAGAAGACACGCUCUAUUCUAUACCUUCAACCAGACUGCACCACCAGGGCACCUACCAGUGUGAGAUCUACUCGGGACAACGCUCGAUUGUCAGACUGUACUUCUACCUCACAGGUAACCAGAUUGACCUCAUACAGAAAGCUCAAAUAUACUGAAAUACUGGUACAAAUGGGAAAAUAUUCAACAAGUUUAACCUUGCUGAAACUCAUCGGGGCCCUCGGUGAAAUCUGUCAUACGUAUCAUUUAUAAAGAUUUUAAAAGAUGUGUAUUUAUUGUACGUAUUUUGAUGCUCACACUAUACAGCCAGAUCCAAGCUACUGUUGAAUAUAUCUUACAGAAUUCAAAUAAACCUAUUGGAUUAUAACUCAAAUAUUACCCCUCUUUUUAACAGUCUGUGGCAUAUAUGUGGAUCAAACUCACCCCGUCUCUCUCUUUCCCUCUCCCUCUAAGUGACCCCCCAGGCUGUAGAGGGCCACACAGAUCUGCAAGAGAUAUUUGACCUGUCUUUGCUCCCAGGAGGGCGUUUACUCCCUCAGCCUGGUGGUCCUGCACACCCCCCUCACCUCCCUCCCUCACCACUGCUUCUCACCACUUAUUUAGCGUCUGUACUUCUGCUGCUCAUCCUCUCCCUUGGGUAUGUGAAGCCCUGAUCCAAACAACUGAAGACAGUAUAACCCAAGAGCAUCUUACCUUGAAACUCAAGAUACUACUCUUCCAAUAUACAGUACAAGUCGGUCCCUUAACUCCCACUUUUUUUUUCCCUUUGGCUUUUGCAGAGUUCUUCAUUUAGUAGAAGUAACAGAGGAAAGCUGUCAAGAUGAACAAGCUGAUGAGGACGGAGAUUUGGGAAUCGCAAGUUAA